GUUCUCUUCGUUCCCAGUUUUUCUCAGGCAGAAGGCCUGGCUGCUAAUUCAUCAUGGCGGCUUUCGGGGCCUUGAAUAUCAAGUGAAAACAAAGAAAAUCUUACAGGUUAAACGGAGAAAAGUCAUGGUAAGUCUUGUUAUACAGUAACUUUUUUUUUUUCUACGAGAAAGGAAUUUCUCUCUAAAGUGGAUAGUGAUAUUUUGGACAAUAAAGUUCGAAAUUGCGGGUUUUAUUAGUAGUAUGGGGUAGCGUGACCGAAGAACAUGCUUUUUUCAUGCACAUAAAAGGGAAGGCACAGUCAAAGUGAAUUAUAGUUUCCAAUUUUAAUUUAAGUUUUACAAUGUCCGAUGUAAGAACCCAGCCGAACCCAAACCUAAGGCACACUUCAUGGAGGCCAUUUCCAUUUAAAAGAUACAAAUCUUCCCUUCCCUGUACACGACGUAUUCAGUACAAAAAGAAUAAAAGGAAAAAAAAUUCUUUUAAGAUUUUAAGAAGACGACCCAUCAUUCUAGUGGGUUUAAGGGCAUGCUUCUCCCCAUAAUUUUUAACUAUAGAUAUUAUUUGUGGAGAAAAACGCUUUUCACAGCCUCUUUGGGCCUCAAAACUUUUUUAAACUGUGAACACAAUAAUCCCAUAUAAAAGACCACCAAUCCAAAACCCUCAAAUUUUCCCAGUGAAAUUAAGCCUUACAGUUGGAACCUCUAGUAAACGACCACCUCCUGUAAAGAACUGUAACCACUUUUUGGGUCUGAUGGUUAAUGAUUAAUUCCAUUGUUUUUAACCUCUUGUAAGCAACUACUUGAUGCAUUCUCUGAUCUUUACUUCCGCUGUAUGCUCUAUGCUACUAAGAAUAUAUGAAGAAAUUAAGUGACAACAUGGAACUACACAUGUCAUAACUUAGACAUUGCAUGCAAUAAAUUAUCUUCCAAAAAGUAGAUGUGCCUGGACCUCUCCUCGGAAAAGGCCCACUGUGGUUCGAUUAUUGUAAAUGUCCACCGUCCAUAAGCAACCUCUCAGUCUUUGCAUUUUGGGUGGUCGCUUAUUGGGGGGUUGACUGUGUAGAAAAUGUGUGAUAAGGGUGUUGCUAAAACACACCUCUGCCUUGUAACUUACAUGUGACAAGUGACAGAGAGAAUGUUAGAUCUGCAUAAAGCUUAAUGCAGCAUAUCCACUUGGAAAUGUAGCUGUGAAGCCACAUAAUCGUGCAGCAGCAUAGCUUGGCAGCUGGGUAGCCGCGUAGCUAUGUAACCACCUUUCUAGGUCUUGGUUAUUACAUGGUUGGGUGCUCUGCAGUUUUAAGUGUUCUUAAAAGAGUUUCCUUUAUUUAAUUUUAUUCUUGUACAAUAGAAUGAAGAUAAUGUGAACUGCAGAAAUAAAAAAACUUGAAAAAAUGGAGGAGUGUUCCCUGUAAGCAAAGUCUUCUUUCUCUGAGGCAGGCAAUGCUUUUGGAAAUGGAGACUCUGUUUACUUUGAUGAGGCACGACUUUUCUAAUGAUCUCCAUGAAAGCACAAAAACUUUUAUUCCAGACAGAUAACGUUUAAUUUCUGUUUGUGCUAAUGAAAAGAAAAAAUAGAGUGUAACUUAGUCCUUUAUUAUUUUUUUUCUUUCAAACACUGCAGCUAUUAGGUCCAGGCUUUUUCCCAGGCAUGCUUUGCACCAAGUUAAAAAUAGUUGUCACUUUUUGUUUUAAAAUGAACAAAUAUUCAGUCAAUUCAUUUUGCUAUACUUUGACAUUUGCAGGCACUGUUUGGAGUGCAGUUUGUGUUGAGUGUUGUGAUGGCAACCAUGCUUCAAAAGUUCUCACCCUACAUUUCCUUAGCAAGAUGGAUUCUCUGUAACAAUCAGUUAGUGAUGAGAUCAUUAAUUAUUAGAUGUAUUAUAUUUAAGCAAAAACGGAUGUAAUAACUUUUGUAGACUGAUGUUUUCUUUUCUUCAUUUUCUGAAACUUUUUCAUUUAAAAAGCGAUUUCUUUCAGACUUGUGUGUAUUAGGGCUCAUAUCGUCAUUUCCUCUGAGACUAAUCUCAUUUGUCAUGUCUGUAAAAGUCUUGUAAGGUACCUCCAUCCAACUGAUGACGAGCUUAAGUCACUGAUUGGCAAGAAUGCUACUGGCCAUGCAACCAAAGGUAAAGGCAGGAAGGCCACAUCUGCAGAUUCAAGGUUUGUGAAUUCACUUUCACUAGGUAAUAAUAAUAAUAAUAAUUUUAUUUAUAUAGCGCUAAAAUCCAAUAAUUGUCCAAAGCGCUACCUAAUUACAAAAAAGAAUAUAUAUAAAAAAAAAAAAAAAUCUAAAUUAUAAAAUAUCUACAAUAUACAAUACAAUUCAAAUAUAGCCUAAGUUAUCUACUAUAUAAAUCAAAAACAUCUUAAAACAAAAGGAAUCUCAUAACCUAUAUGCUAACUUAAAUAAAAAAGUUUUAAGGGAUUUCUUAAAAGUUGCCACUGAAGCACAUUUCCUAAUCUCUAGAGGUAAAUCGUUCCACAAUUUAGGUCCUGCAAUAGAGAAAGCUCUGUCUCCAUAUGUUUUCAAUCUGCUUCUUGGAACCACUAAAUAUUCUUUACAUGAAGAACGCAAUGACCUAGAGUAUGUUUUAAAAUUCAAAAGGUCAGAAAUAUAAGAAGGUGCAAGGCCAUGAAGGGCCUUGUAUACCAAUAAAAGGACUUUAAAAGUUAUUCUAAACUUAACUGGUAACCAAUGAAGAUUAAUUAAAAUAGGAGUUAUAUGAACAUGCUUCGGUGUUAGUGUGACAACACGAGCUGCAGCAUUCUGAACUGCCUGUAGUCUAGCUACAGCAACAUACGAAACUAUUGAGUAAGUUUAUACCAGUCACAUCCAAUUUCCUGUGCAAUGAGAAUCAUAUCAUGCUACACAACUCUCAUUACCAAGUGUACUAUUAGAAUUGGUGUGAGAAUCAGUGAUACAGCAUUUUUUGGCUACAUUAUUGACAAAUCUUCCUGCCAAAACCCAGCUAAUUUCGCUUAGUAGUUCCUGGAGAAUGAAGAAAACAAACUUUGGAUUUUGCAUAAUUUUAAGUUUUUUAUUUGGGAAAUUCACCUUUAGCUUGAUAUCUGCAGCAGCUUAUUCAAAUAGAAUUUCUGAUUAAUUUUGUUGUAGGGUUUUUACCCUCCUGUAAAUAGAUAGGGACGAGUUUCUCUGGUUGAGCUUAAAUUAUAAGAUUCAUUAUUUAUGCCAGAACAAAAGAAGUUGGGGUUGGGUUUAUUAUUUUUGUUCUUUAUUUGUACAUGUGUUAUAGAAAGAGGCAAACAAAUGCAGCUCCUGGAGGAAUUAACAGUGAUGAUCUUAAGACAUUUACAGUUCCUUGUAACAUUGAUGUUCAGCUAGAUAAGGCCAUGGUAAAAUAAUGUUCUGUAUUAUUGAUAUUUUAUUAUAAUGAAGAAUUAUAUAUUAGGGCUGAUUUCAAGAUGAAUAAGACAGUAUAAUUUAAUGUUAUAAAUCAUUAUGCUAUACACAUUUAUACUAAGCUGUUAUUGGAUGGUGGCACUUGAAUACAUGUAUAGGAUGGAUUGAUCUCUUCAGAUUUUACAUGUUCAACCCAAAUUUCACUUCAAGAAGUAUCCCGUGUUUAUUCAAUUAAGCGUCCAACCGAAUAAGUGCACGUGUUGAAUAAGUGCCCAUUCUGUAGGGAGGAAAAGUUAAUAAGCAUUCAGCCUCUAAUAAAGUACCAGUUACUGAAUGUCCAUUACCACUGCUAGAAAGAGCUUUUCAAAAUUGGGAAGGGCGGAUGGGUGCAGAAAUCUCUCCCUUCAGUCAUACAAAGAACUGUGAAAUUGGCUAAUGUGCGGAUUGACUUUGUCAAAAUAAAUCACUUUCAAAACUGGCAACUUUAAAGAUUUUUGGGCAUUUUUUCCUGAUCGGUGGUGCUAUUUUUUCUAUGUGUGGUCCUGUCAAAAAGGACUGGAAAUAUCUAUAUAGUUACCAUAUAGUGUUGAUUUUUUUCAAUUUCAGAUUGAGGAAAUUGACUUGCUCCCGCAGUUUCUCUACAGCGAUUACAAAUGGCUCAUUGAUUUUUCACUUUGUGCAGUUGUAAUCAAUGUUCUUGUGGAGAUCUUUGCAUUCUUUUUACCGGAAAUCUAUACUCAGGAGUUGAAUUUGGCUCUGGUGUGGAACUUUCUUGUCAUCUUCUUUUCACUGUAUCCUUUGUUCAAGAAACAUCAUUUUAGAAUAAAAACAUUUUUAGGGGUUGGAAAUUUGCCACUGAAGUUGAACCUCCUUCUCCUUUUGUAUGCAGCUUGCUUGUGACUUCUCAACAUAUCCCCCUGAUAAAGGUCUUUGUCCAUAGGCUAAACCAUUCCCUGUAUGAAACCAACCAAAAAUUAAAGGGACAGGUUCACGGUUAUGUGCAUGGUCAUUAAUUAAAUUACUUUUUUCCAAUAAUUAUUAAUUCUGUUGGUUAAUAAUCCCACUCACAUGUAUCUCAGCAAUCUCAGAGUGUAUUUCAAAGUAGAAGUGUAUUUCAGAGUAACAAGGUAAGAUAGUGGAGUACUAAAAUCGAAGAAAAAAUUAGUGGAUUAUGCUAACACCACCAACAUUGAAUUUGUUGUUGACGCGAAGGUUUUAUUCCAUCGUUGAUUAAUUUACAGCUAUUUGCAAAUAUUUAAGUUGAUCAAGAGCAAGUGACUGCCAGGGGAGUGUGCAGUUUGGUUCUUUGAUGACAUGAUCAUAUUGCUUGCAUAGACGAUACAGCAUGCCCUGGCUCAAAAGCAGCAUUUUGAUAAAUGAGCAUGCACUGAACCGUGAACCUGUCCCUUUAAGGUGGCUCGAUACAGUUUUUCAGAGCCAAUACCUCCCAAGUUUGAGCAUAAGCUACGUCGCCAUAAACAAAGUUUUGGAAAAAUUGCCCCCACAGUUGUAUUUAAUAGAUAAAGAUGAAAAUUUGUUAUGAUCAGGGUUGCAACGUCAUUGGAGUUGUCAUAGCAAUGAAAUGACGCUUUUACCUAUUUUACUUGCAGCAGUAUAUCUCGGCUUUGAGAACUGUCCUUCCAAAAUCAUUCACGGGAGCUUUUUCCUCCAAUAGGGGCCUCAAUGUUCGUGAAGUUUAAGCGAAAUCUGUAAGAGCGUUAUUGAGAUAUUUUGGGAUGAAGUUUUUAUGGUUAGAAACACAGUAAAAAAUGGACAAUAUUAUUGUUUGGCCGUUAUCUGUAGAAAAUCAAGCGCUUUUGACAUGCAAUUUCAUCUCAUACUAUUUUCAAUCUUUUUAAAAACGUGUGUGAAAGAUCAUGGAGAUAGCUGCAGCCGAUUGCUAGAAAGAAGGGUUUUAUUAGUAUGUAUUGAAGCGCUCUUGUUAGCGGUUUUGUAAACAUUUUGGUCUUCUCUAACAAAUUAGCGAAUAAUUUUUAAACCGCUCGAUAGAUUUUUUUUUUAAAUUAAGAUUCUUGAGAUUAACCUUUCUUUUAUAUGACCUUUUAGUUUCAAGAUUAUUGAUACAUUGUAAGGCAGUAAAAUAACGGCUACAAUUCGUUACUUUUUUAUCGGAAGAUUCGUUAUUACAAGUGAAAGUAUCUCAUUAUUCAAGGCAUUGUCUCCAAGUUUCAUUUUCACGUGAGCAACAGUAACUAACAAUGCAUUUGUCAUAUGCAAAAAUGCUAGCUAUUGUUAUGCGCGAAACUAUGAAACUUGGAGACAAUACCCUGAAUAAUGAGAGGCUCACAUUUGUAAACACAAAAUUUCUGCCAAAAUAUUGGCGCAUUGUAGCCCUUAUUUUACUGCCUUACAAUAUAUCAAUAAUCUUGAAACUAAAAGGUCAUAUAAAAGGAACGUUAACCUCAAGAAUCUUAAUGUUUUAAAAAAAUCUAUCGAGCGGUUUAAAAAAUAUUCGCUAAUUUGUUAAAGUAGACCAAAAUGUUCAAAAACCGCCAACAAAAGCGCCUCGAUACAUACUAAUCAAAUCCUUCUUUCUAGCAAUCGGCUGGAGCUAUCUCCACGGUCUUUCACACACGUUUUUAAAAAGAUUGACACUACUAUGAGGUGAAAUUGCAUGUCAAAAGCGCUCCAUUUUCUACAGAUAACAGCCGAACAUCAAGAUUAUCCAUUUUUUACCGUAUUUCUAACCACAAAAUCUUUCUUCCAAAAUAUCUCGAUAACGCUCUUACAGAUUUCGCUUAAACUUCACGAACAUCGAGGCGGCUAUUGGAGGAAAAAGCUCCCGUGAAUGAUUUUGGAAGAACAGUUCCCAGUGCCGAGAAAUACUUCUGUAAGUAAAAUAGGUAAUAGCAUCAUUUCGUUGCUAUGACAACUCCGAUGUCAUUUCAACCCUGGUCAUAAAAGAUUUUCUUCUUUAUCUAAUACAACUGUGGGGGCAAUUUUUCCAAAACUCUGUUUAUGGCGACGUAGUCUAUGCUCAAACUUGGGAGGUAUUGGCUUUGCAAAACUGUAUCGAGCCACCUUAAAAUGGUAAGAUUUGGUGGUAUAUUACUUGAUGUGGGUACAUACAAGAGGUUCAGCUGUAAAUGCAGUGACUAACUGGUUGCUCAUGCAAGGUUGCUGUUUGCUGAUGAGGGCUGCUCACACUUUUGUUGACUGUAAUAAUGUGAAGGUGUGAAAUUUUGCCAGUAUAUUUUGGUUCCAAGACAUGGUUAUUGGUUUGUUUGGCAAUUCAGUUGCAUAAUUCAGUUUAUUACAAUACAGCAAGUAGUUUUGUUAGAGGAUGACUUGCUUGGACUCUUGCCCAUCGGGAAAGUGAGGUUUGAAAGCUUCUUUCCUAGCAAAAAUAUCUACUGGUCCUGGACUAUCGGACGAAACUUUUUUCAAGCCCUGAAAAAGUGGUCACGUGUCAGAGGUUGUCGUCUUUGAGAGGUGGAUUUGUUGCGGUCCUGGAUUUAUUUUCUUUUGUUUUUGGUAUGGUUAUGUAUGAGAAUGAGUUUGAAAAAUUAGGGAAAACAAAAAUUAAACCAAAAAUACAUAUGUAAUAUUGAACCAUUUAGCAUAUCUGUGCACCUAGAGGUUCUCCUUCCCUUUUCCCAAACUUAUUUAUCUCUUCAGUAUUCCAGUUUGAUUUAUUUACCUUACAUCUUGUUCCCUAAACUUAAUACCAGCAAGGUUCUGUUUUCACUGGCAGCAGCUUAUUGGAGAGGUGAUGACACUGGUGAACGCUCCAUGUGUUUGACGUUUGGUUUGUUCUUUUUUGUUGUUGCCAUGGCUGUGCUUGUGAUUGACGAGUCUCUUCUAGACUUUGGUCUUGAUAAAGGUAAGCAAGUAUAAAGUGGUAAAUGAUUGUUUAUUUAAGUAAUAGACAACACUUUCCAUGAGUUUACCGGCGUGAUAACGCGGGAUGUUGGGAGAACACGAGAAGAGCUGGUAAAUCACGAGCCGAAGUCGAGUGAUUUACAAGCUUUUCUUGUGUUCUCCCAAUAUCCCAAGUGGGUUAUCACGCCGGUAAACCCAUAGAAAGUGUGGUCUUUUGCUUUUACAUAAUAACUUUAAGUAAAACUAUGAGUUUACUGGCACAAUAAACCAUAGCUUUUAAACGAAUCAGAACGCUCGUACUAUCUUAGUUAUUUUUUUAUUAAACAAUUAUUCCACUCGCGCUUGUUGGAUAUGAGAUGAUUAUAGCCAACUCGGCGCUACGCGCCCCGUUGGCUAUCUAUCAUCUCAUAUCCAACGCGCCCUCGUGGAAUAAUUGUUAAAUACAAACACAGGUUAUAAAGCUGAAAGACAAAACAUAAUGACAACCCUUUUAAACCGACCACUUGUUUAAAUACUAUUAAAGGUAAAGGUGAAAAAUAAGGUAAGUGCAAAACGUUCCUCGUGAAAAUGAGUUUUUUUGCGUGAGAAUAAGAAAAAAAAAAAUUCAUAUCAAUGGCUUCGCACUUAGCCUCUCUUUGAAACAGAGGCUUGUGGCAAUUCGGAAAUGACCUAUUCAAUUGAUGUCGCAAAAAUGUCUUUUUUUUUGUUUUCCUUUAAUCUAGUCAUCUAUUUUCAUUUCAAAAAAUGCAGUUGUACUUUACGUAAGCGAUCACACAUUAUGCCAGAUUUAGUGGAACUUGCAUAUGAGAGGCAGGGGCGUAUCUAGGGGGUGAGUGCAAGGGGUGCGCACCCCCCACCCCCCCCUUGAGAUGACCUUCGGCUUUCUAAUACAAAUGUUAUUCUAAAAAAAUAUAUUUUUGUUAUUGAUAUGGUUUUAACGGACCCUACAGAAAAUUUUUUUGUCGUUUCCGUAACAAUUUAUUUCCUCAGGAUUAUACAACUUCGUUCCAAGGGGUCCCCAUCUCCCACUCGUCCCUGUCUCGCUCCGUGUAGAACCCUUGGAACGGGGUUAAGAAUUAUAGUUUAACUAAGAAAUGUUCGAACAUAUAAUUCUAUUCAACAUUUUUUAGGGUUUUUGGUAGCAUUUGGAAGUAACGGAUGCUGAAGUUGAGCUGGCAGACUUGAACCGUACGUUCGCGCCGGAAGUGUGAACCUUGAACAACUAGGGGGUUCCGGGAACAUAGUCCCUUCCGGCUAUUUUGUAGGUUUUUCAGGCGAAAGUAAACAACCGAGGCCAGGGCGUCAAGCAACUGAGGCACGCCGCGUAGUUGUUUUCACUCGCCUAAAACUUAUUGUUCCAAUGAUCUGCAGAAUAAUUAAAGUUGACCGCUGAUCUUUACUUGUUUUGUUUUAAUGUCAGGUUACGAGUCUUUUUCAGAAAAGGUUACAGAGUUCAUGGAAAAGCAAGGGAUUUCAUCCAGGUCAGGUUUAGCAAUUGCCUUAUACAUUUAAAUUCGCUUAACUCUUAGAUUUCUAAUAUUCAUCAACGUCAAUUCUUCUAACGUUAUCAAUACGUGAUGAGGGGAAAAUUUAUAAGAAUUAAAAUUGAUUGAAAGAUGUUGUGAUCUUUUAUCGCUACACUGUACUACUGUCGUUAAGGUCGCUGAACGGCGUUGCGAUCAUGUGGAAAACAGGGCUUACAAUUCAUUUAAAUCUGGCAAAUUCAGUUCUAAAGUUUCACCUUCCCCUAUACUUCUCAACAGACACUUCGUGUAUUCAGGCGACGACGACAUUGUGGGGAGGUUAAGCAAAGACGACGGCGAAGGCCGCAACGAGAGUAAAGGUCGUUUAAAAAGUGAUUUCGGGUUCUUUCAAUAUUUAUCGCAAUUAUUUCGAUUCACUUUGUCACAUGCAGGCGAACUCUCCUGGAGCUGAGUUCCUAAGAACAAUACCCAAGUUCAUAAAGAAAAGGAAAAUUUCGUCGUGACUUGUUUACUUCCUCCAUAAAACGUAAAGUCCGGCAUUUUAACUUCGUAGUCGUGCAGUGACGGCAACGAAAUGCACAAGAAAGCGUCAUGUACCUGCAGAAAUUUUGUUUUUGCUCAUUAAUCCUGUUGCUUUUUUGACGUUCUCGUCGUUGGAUCUUUGGGUCCCUAAUUAUCAGGGAGUAGUCACGAGCAGAUGACGUCAGCUGUUGCGUUUUUCGCUUCGAAAGAUUCUUAAUACCUCUUAAACUAAAUGCUGUCGUAUCAUUACCUUGGUCUACCUACUGUACGUGUUGUUUAUGCGAAUGCAAACAAGUCCAAGAGAGCGGUAGUUGAAUGUGAAGAAGAACUCCCCAGCCUCGUUUGUCGGUCAUUUGUUGGUCUAGUAUCUUGCAGACAUUUUUUAACUUAUUUCAAAAAGUUUCACUUUUGAAACAGCGAAACGUUCAUUGAUGAAUAAAGCUGUAUAUAUGUAGAUAUGCAAGGCUUUUCAGACUUUUCUCUGAGUCACGUUAAUCACGUUAGUCAUCAGUAUCGCUUUCAUAGAAGCUUAUCAUAAUUCAAACUCAAUGAGUGUUGUAACACACCCAAAAAAAGAGUGGUUUGUUUGAACCGUUAACAAUACACAACUGCUUUCUUUCUGCGGCUUUUUCCGGGCCAGUCCUCAUUUCUCGAACAGCAGCCUGUAAUCGAGCCUAGUCGACAACAUUUAAAACAAUGAGCUAUUGAAGUCAAAGUGUAUCAGAAGCAUUAAGGGUGAGUCAAAUGAUACUGGAAUCUUUGGUAAGUCACAAACAGUUAAAGAAUAGCAAUUGGUAACCGCUGAUGAAGAAAACUAGAAAACUGCGUUCUUUUGAUAAUCUUUCCACAAUGAAUCAUUUUUUCUUCCGCAGUGGCCCGACUCCUAGGUGGGUGUUCAAACUGUUCCUCGCUGUGGCCUCUGCUGUGCUUGGUGCUUUUCUAAGCUUUCCUGGCAUGCGUUUGGCAAACAUGUACCUGGAUUCACUUUUCUACUGUCGAGAAACUCGCGUUAUGCUGUAAGUUCAACUUAUAUUUCUAGGUCUUUACUCAGUUUUAUGAAGCGAGUGCCUCCUUCACUCUGGGAACUCUCUAUUUUCGAAUCCCCCAUAUAAGUACACUCAGUUUGCCCUUUAAUAUUCCUGGGAGGACUACAUUUUCAAAAAAAUAUUUGGGCGUGAGGGUAAUUAAAGUGCGUUAUGGGGGACUGGAAAAUAGAGUGUUCAGCACAGGGGACUUUCUAAUUACUCAAAGAAUGUUUGUCACGACAUUUCUAGUCCAGUGUUGUUUAGUUCUGUCAGUUACUCACGGUGAAACCUACAGAGGCAAAGAAAUUAAUCCUAAAAGACUAUAUCGCAAGUGAAGGGAAACAGGAUUAUAAUUAUGUAUCCAGAUCGCUAUAUUUCAGACUUACCAAAAUCAAACACCUAACAACAUUCCAGUCCUAGAAGUAUGCAGGAUGUCUGCGAGUUUAUACCAAUUACUAAAGAACUGCAAAAUCAGUCGGUGAACCGACAAUGCCUUUAAGCUACAUGCAAAUAGACGCAACAACUCCCAACAUUGUUGGCCCAAGAACGUUGGAAGUUGUUGCGUCCCUGUAGGCCGCGGUGUGCAAACGGAUGCAACAACUCCAAACAAUGUUGGGACCUGCAGUGCAUCGUGGGAAGGAUACAACCCAUAAGUCUUUGUAAACCAUGCGUAAUGAGCGUGCGUGGCCCCAACAAUGUUGAAAAAGCGCUGCAAACGGAUCCAACAUUGUUGAGCUACGCUUCGGUGGUCACGGGACAAAAGAAAUGUUGGGAGUCGUUGGCUGAAAAGUUUGACCGGUAAAAAAAAUUGUAAACUGUAAAUUGCUUCUUUACCCACGAAGCACAAAGGAGUUCAUGUGAACUCGUUUAAACGUGUCCGUGCGUUCCAGAUCGAAUUGGAAUUUUGAAGUGUUAGUUUUUGAGGUUUCAAACCUUGCGCAACAACUCCCAACAACACGCAAUAACGUGCAACAGGGUAACCUGAGAUCAGGCUCUAUUUUCGUUUCGUUUUGUAAAGGACGACGUAAGAGAGAAUGUACGAGAACUGCUAAAAUUAGGCCUGAUCUGAGGUUAGCAAUAGGGUGUGUAAACGAAAGCAGCAUGUAGCAUCCAACAAUGUUGGGAGCUGUUGGCCAACAAUGUUGCGUCCGUUUGCACUGGGGUUUAUGCCCAAUGUCCUACUGCGGUCGCGGAUAUGAUUAUAAAACACCAUGAAAGAUGAUUAUUUUGAUGAUCUUCAUCUUUUCUUUUUCUGUUUUAGGGUUUGUCUCCACGUGAAUUUCGUGGCGCCUUUGUUCCUUAUUCUGUUAUGGGUAACGCCCAUCGUACAAGGACCCCUAUUGGCUGGUUCAUGGAAAGAUCCCAACAGUAAAGACAGCCAACCAGUGUAAUUUUGACUGUUAUGUUUUCAGUCUACAAUCACUUUAUUUAUACUUCACUGUUUUACUUACUUUACUGCUAGAUUAUGUAAAUGGUAAUGCCUGUAAUAUAUUGUAAGCUUACCUGGGACUCAACGCAAUGCAUGACAGUGACUGAAGUACGGAAGUAGCACCAAGGGAUUUUGUCACCAUACUCAAAUGUUGAAAUUGCGUAACGUGUCUUCAAAAUUAGCAAAAUGAUUAAUCUUCUCUGAGAGUUUAGGUAUCCCUAUUUUUUUCUUUUUGUAGACUUCAAAAUGUAUUUUUGGAAUGAUGCCACCCUCUACGUAUUCGUGAAACGCGCAAAUUAUAACCCAACAACACAGCCCACAUAUUGCGACGCCACCCACAGUUUUCCCCGCGAAAUGGAAUCUGACGAUCGAGCGGAAAAAUUCCAUACUGAUGACGUGUUACUUCCCUGAUCUUGAUAUUGCUUCUGAUUGGUUGUGCUGUGAGGGCAACUAGCUACAACCAAUACAAAGCCCUUUCCUGAUCUGGGAAGUUUCACGUCAUCAGUAUGGAAUUUCUUCGUUUGUUCCUCAGACGUCAUUUUGGCGAGAAACUAGUGGUGGCGUCGCGAAAUAUGGACUGUUUUCUCAGGCUAGCAAAGUACCCUUGUACAGAAUGCGCUGCCUUUUAAGGAGGCCACUAGGCACUUGACAUGCGCAGUGUUUAUCACUGAUUCCCGUUGUAAUAUUUGAUUUCAGAUUAACAGAGAAAGGGUACAAUAACCUACGCUUCAGCUCGUUGCUUUUGUUUUGCGUUUUACGGCUUAGUCUAGUUUGGCGACAUCUUCAGUCAUAUCUAGACAUGGCUCACGAGAGAAUUGAAAAGAUGAAGAAAGAAACAGGGAGGAUAUCAAAUGUGGACUUACAAAGAAAGGUGAUAAAUCCAUUUUCUCUUUCCUUUCUUUUCAUUUCUCUUCAGCAAAUAUGUGCCUCUUUGACUUUAAAUAGACUUUGAAAUGAUAUAUUUGAAGUUGAUACAGACAGUUUUUCAGUCGAAGUUGUAGUUUGUUCAGAACGAAGUCUCUUUUUUUCACUUGUGAAUUAUAAGGCAGUUAAUACUAUGUUUUUAAAUUACUUUGUUUAUUUUUUGUCGCUCAAUUAAAGUUAAAUUUGUUCGUAUUACACAGGUCGCCCGCGUGUUCUAUUACUUGUCAGCGGCUGCUCUUCAAUACCUAGCCCCAACGAUUCUCCUUCUCUUCUCAGUAUUGAUGCUGCGUACAUUGGGUAGGUUUACAACAUGACUACGUCAAAAGGGGCUUUGGCUAUGGCCACAAGAAAUCCUCUAACGUUGUGAGCGCAAACUAACUUGAACGUUACCGAGGAAUGAAUUUUGCUGCAUAAAAAUAUUCUUUGGGAAAAAUAUAUAUUGUUUUAGUGUCGGUGCCUGGCUGGGAUUCGAUUUCAUAACCUUUGCUGGCGCAGCCACCCAGUACAGCCUUUCUUUCGCUUUGUUGAAGUUGGUGUACUCGAGAAAGACUCAACAUGAAUCGAGUAAGAUCUUUUUUGAGCAUGCAUUUCAUGUUGCUAAGCCUAUAAUAUUUUUCCGCAUGGUACAACGGGCUCUGUUAUGGACAGCGGUUUGUCGAUAAACGGAUAGUCGGACACAAAAACCCAGUUUUACGAGAUGAAAUAAGACUGACUAGUCCUGAAGUUGGGGCUGCCAUUACUUCAAAAGAUUGACAAAAGAUUCAAGUAGAGCCUCCUUUCUCCUCCUCGAUCAAAGUGAUGUUACACGGGACGAUUCGUAACGACGGUUUUCAGCGCAACACGUCUUUGCAAUGUUGGAACAAUGUUGUAACUAUUCGAAACAAUGUCGCAACAAUGUUGCAACGCUGUGUUGCACUAGAAAUCGUCGUUGCGAAUCUUCUCGUGUAACAUUACCUAAAAGGAGGCUCUGCUUGCAGCGUUUUGCCGUCGUCGUCGUCUACUGUAUCUUUAGCGAGCUUACGCAACAGGACGGGAGAGGAAGGAACAUAGUAAACCUUGUGUGACAUCGUGAUAAUAAUUUUGAUUGAAAAACGCUUCCGCCAAACUUCACCCUCCUUUAAACAGGUCUUUUUGUACAAGACCAGAACACAUUAACUUAAGUGAAGAUCACCACAAGACACAUAAGUAAUAGGCCAGUCACGUUUGUCACAAACAAAAGUUUUGUCGUCGUCCUCUUCUUUUUGCCGUCCUGUUGGGCAAAGCUUGAUCCAACUGAACAAACUAGGCCGGGUUGCUGUAGGGGACGCGGAAGAUCUCUACCUACAUUAGCGUUCAGUAAGAGUAAAGGACGUGCAGGCUCUGCUUAUUAUUAAUAAGGCGAUUUAAGUGCUCUUGAAUCAGAAACUAAAUCUUGAUCUUAAGAUAAUUUCUCAAAAGCCACUUCUAGCCUACUUCGUGUUUGAUUACUUUCUUUAUUUUGUACUAAUGUACCCUGCUAUUCCACCUUUCUUAACUACUCUGCUUUGGAAAUUUAUCUUGUAUUAAAAACGUCUCUUGGUAGCAAAGAACCGUCUGAAUGUUAAAGGGCAUUGUACAUCCAAAUCCCCAUUCCAGAAACAAUGGGGGAAUGGAUACAAACUUUCGGCGCUGCGGUUUCUGGGGUCGUUUGGGUGGACAAACGUUACAUGUACUUAUGAUUGGUUAAUAGUUGCCUUGAAUACCAUCGACCAAUCAUAACUAACGCUUGUCCACCCAGACAAUCCCAGAAAUCACUGCACCCAAAGCUUGCACCCAUUCUCCCCAGAGUUUCUGAAGUGGGCUAUAACAGUAAAAAGAUUUACAUUCAGGCAUCACCACACUUGACCGUCUCUUUGAAGCACUCAGUCGGAACAUUUUUUAAAAACUUAAUGGCUCCAUUUUAUAAGUUCGUAUUUCCAAUGAUCACUGGGUUGUGGAUUACAGUGGGGUUAAAGAAAUCUACCGGCAUAAUAAGAUUUACACAUUCCUUGUUUGUAAUUUUGGAUGAAUUAAUUAAAUGUAAGUUGUUUUUUUAGGUUGUUCAGACUGGAACAGUAACCCUGUUGGUGUAUCCCGUAUACAGUAUUCCUCACUGAUAUCCAAUAGCACGAGAGAAGCCGCUCUGAGCUUGCGUGGAGUACUUACCCCUGCGUUGUUCCAGGGAAUCAUGUCUUACAUGGUGUGGUGGGUGUGUGUGUCUUGGUUAAUCACCUCGGUGUUUGGAGUUGUUUAUCUCAAGAUGUUUGAAGCAAGUUGACACUACACUCAUAGGCAGCCUAGUCCCUAAACGUUCUCGGCUCGGUUAAAACUGGGCCCCACCGUGAGCUUUGACGUCACCGAGAAAGACUCGCCCAGAUUUCGCGCGGACAAUGGGGGAAGAGAGAAUGCCUAGGGACUAGGCUGAUUCAGGGAUAGACAGAAGAGGGAAAGACGAGGAUUGCGCGAUCGACUGAAAUGGAUUUCGAGGCCGAGAAUGACGUGUUGCAGUGACGACGCUCUCCAAACUAUCGGAGAAAUAAAUUCCACUUCGAUAAACCUGGAUAAAGCUACUUUGAUCCUUUGACUGAAAUGUUAUUAUUGGACAGCAGCCCCAUGAAAGUUGAGAUCAGUUGUAAAUUCAGCCAGAGAAAGGACAUUUUCCUGGCCUCCGUAAUAAAGUCUCUGAAACAGUUACUGUAUGCAGGCUAUACUCAGAAAAGAAGUUACCAUGGUGAUUUCCCCUUUAUGUUUAAUGCUUGUCUCUUUAAACCUCCGAGUUUCAAUAAUUAUUCUACUCUUUGGACCAAGUAGACAUCUUUGCCUGUAUGUUUUGUUUUCCUAAUGAAGGUUUCAGAGUAAUUUGUCCACAUGUCUUUUCAUACAUUAUGCGU